AUGUUCUUAGCAUUGCUUUAUGCGAUAAAGAAAUUAAGACACUAUUUUGAGGCAUAUACCAUUAAGCUAAUUUCUCGAGCUGAUCCUGUAAAGUUUGUAAUGACUCAACCAGUUCUCUCUGGAUGUAUGGCAAGAUGGUCUAUAUUGUUCAACCAAUAUGACAUUGCAUACAAACCUCAGAAGGCUGUAAAAGGGCAAGCACUCGCCAACUGUCUUGCUGAUCACCCUCUUCCAGCAGAAUGGGAGGUUUUAGAUGAGUUCCCAAAUGAAGAUGCAUUAUACAUUGAGGAACUAUCAAGAUGGACAAUGCUUUUUGAUGGGGCUGCAUGUCGAGAUGGUGUGGGGGCAGGAGUUAUGCUAAUAUCCCCAGAAAGGUUGAUCUUGCCAUUUUUAUUUACUCUUGGUGAAACUUGCUCCAAUAAUGUCGCGGAAUAUCAAGCUCUAAUUAUUGGUCUUGAAAUGACAUCAAACAUGAAGAUCACACAAUUGGAUAUUUAUGGUGACUUUAAGCUAAUCAUCAAUCAACUCUUGGGGAGUGGUGAGGUAAAGAAAGAAGAUCUUUUUCCACAUCAUCAAUAUGCUGUCUAUUUACUUGAAAGAUUUGAUCAAGUGUUCUUAAACCAUGUUCCAAGAGAAGAACAUCGCAUGGCUGAUGCUUUAGAUAACUUGGCUACAACAAUGGCAUUUGGAGAGAAAGAAUCAACAAAGGUGUGUGUGUCAUCGAUGGGUCAUUCCUGGACGUCUUGA